AUGGUAGGUGUGUUAUGUCUAUUGGGCUUUGGCCACGUACCUGAUUCAGUUGAAUAUCUGGGUCAUGUGAUUGAUGCUGAUGGACUGCACAAGGCACCUUCAAAAGCAAGAGCCGUACUAGAGGCUCCAGCACCACAGAACACUAGUCAGCUCCGCUCAUUUAUAGACCUUCUAAAUUACUAUGGAAGAUUCGUCAAUAAAUUGGCCACAUUGUUGAAACCAUUGCACCAACUUCUGUGUCGUAACCAGUCGUGGAAAUGGACACAGCAGUGUGAGACCACUUUUCAAGAAGCUAAGAAAGCUCUGGUGAAGUCCGGUGUGCUAACCCAUUUUAAUCCAAAGCUUCCCCUGCAGUUAGCCUGUGAUGCAUCACUGUAUGGGGUGGGAGCUGUGAUUUCCCACAUCAUGCCUUCAGGAGAGGAAAGGCCAAUAGCAUUUGCCUCACGCACGCUGAACAAAGCAGAGAGCAAAUAUGCGCAAAUUGAGCGAGAGGCUUUGGGAAUCAUUUUUGGUGUUCGGAAAUUUCACCAGUAUCUGUAUGGCAGGCAGUUUAUACUGCUAACUGAUCACCGGCCUUUAACCACUAUUCUUGGGCCACACACAGAAGGACACGUGCCUAAGGACACCAUCAAUUUGAAGCCGUACCUGUCUAGGAAGAAUGAACUGUCAUUUCAUUCAGGAUGUCUUCUCUGGGGACAAAGAGUCAUCAUUCCACCCUCGUUGAGAAAAUCAGUCCUCCAGCAGCUCCAUGUGGGCCAUUGUGGUAUUGUGCGAAUGAAGGAAGUAGCUCGGAGUUAUUUUUGGUGGCCUGGUCUGGAGGGGGACAUUGAGGGAAAAGGAAAGUCAUGUCCGUCCUGCCAGCAAGUGAUAAAUGACCCUCAAUUGGCUCCAUUACACCCUUGGGACUGGCCAGAAACUCCUUGGCAGCGUGUACAUGUGGAUUUUGCUGGUCCAGUCGAAGGGAAGAUGUUGUUAAUAGCGGUGGAUGCCCAUAGCAAGUGGCCUGAAGUUGUUGUUAUGCACUCGACGACUGCCGAGAAAACAGUAGUGAAACUGGGAGAGAUGUUUAGCCGUUUUGGCUACCCGGAACAGCUCGUCAGUGAUAAUGGGCCCCAGUUUACAUUGCAAGAAUUUGCUGUGUUUUUACAACGAUGUGGGGUACAACACAUUAAAUCAGCUCCGUACCACCCAGCCACAAAUGGUCUUGCAGAGAGGAUGGUUCAAACCAUCAAACACGCCUUAAAGACAUCACAAAGACAAGGGAGCCUACAGCAGCGCCUGAAUGAGUUCCUGUUGUCUUACCGAAAUACCAGCCAUGGGACAACAAAGGUUUCUCCAGCUUCUCUGAUGUUGAAGCGUUCACUGCGCUCUGGAUUUGUCUUACUGAGACCUUCUACUGUCAAAGAGGUGGUAGCGCGUCAGCAACAAAAGCAGUUUCAUAGAAGAAACAUGAAGGCUAAAAGCAGACUGUUCCAUCCUGGACAAAAUGUUCUGGCACGCAACUAUACUUCAGGAUCAAAGUGGGUACCAGCGACAGUGAUCGCUCAAACCGGCCCAGUGUCAUAUACUGUACUAACAUCUGAUAAGCUUACCUGGAAAAGACACUUGGAUCAGCUUUUGCUGGGAUCUGCUACUGAGGUGGAGUCUGCUGUUGUCACACCUACUGUUUGUUCGGACUAUCCAAUGGUUCCAGAAGUGACUGUGGAUACACCACUUACACCAGAAAAAGGACCUGCGCCACCCGAGACUGAAAACAGUCCGCAGAAGCAGAACUUGGAAAAACAACCAGACUCAGGAUCCAACAUAUCUGUUUCGGAGUCCAUGACAAAUGCAGAACGCCGUUAUCCCACUAGGGAAAGACGCCCACCUGAAAGACUUGACUUGUAG